GCACAGAAGGUGGGCGGGACUAAUAUAAAUCUCUGGUGAUGUUGGGUGCGGCUGGUCCAUGCUGAGCAGCCGGCGAUAAGAUCGAGACCAAAUAGAGAGCGUCUUCUAUUCUUACUGCAAACCAGCUUGGAAUUCAAAGAGAGAGAACCUGAUUACAUACUAAGGAUCAAAAUGCUAGACACAACCAGCAGCCAGUUCAACUCCUUCCUGUUUUGGAGGCAGCCCAUCCCAUUGCUGGACCUGUCAGAGCUGGAAGACAUUGGCAUUUCUAAUGCCAAGUCCAAAGAAUGGAAGUCAACCAAGAGCUCCCAAAAACCCCUGGGACAGGAGGAAGAAGAGGAUUUAGAGCUAUUAAAGUACUCCUCCUUCAACUACUGGAAAGAGCCCAUCCCUAGUAUCGAUACCUUGGAUUUCUGCCUGCUGUUAUAAGACUCUGCGACACAAUUCUCAGUUCCCAAUCAAAAUCUGUGUUUAAAGCUACAGUGGUUACACCGAUUAUCUACUUCGAUCUGAUUUUAAUGUAUACAAGAGUCAUAUAUCCUGCCUUUCUUGUUAAACCAUGUCAGUAAACUGUGAUAACAGA